AUGUUGGAAGACGACUUUGACCGCCAGCAUCAUCAACACCAGCACAAGAAGCUUCGCAUCUUUAGCAGCCCGCUUGUCCGGCGUACGAGCAGGCUUAGCCAACGGGGCCCGGCGCACGGGGGGAGCUGGCGUCGCAUCGAGGAUGGUCACGACGAAUCCAAUAGCGAGCAUCAUCGCCACGAUCAAGACUACGACCUGCCGCAGUUCCAACGCUAUGAAGAGCCGACCCUUCUCGAAAUCUUCUACGAUUUGUUCUUCGCCGCCAACUAUAAUGUCUUUAAUGACACCCAGCAAGUCACUGGCCAAACCAAGUUCAAAGCGUCUGUUGGAUAUUUCUGGUUCGUCGCGCUCUUCGAUGUGCGCUAUGUCACUGAUAGCCUCUUUGCUCGCGCUACUAGGGCCAUUCAACUCGGCGUCUUGGUCGGCUUCGUAGUCGUCGCUCCCAAGUUCAAUCCCAAAGACCAAGAUCUCGACACAAUGCGCGCCAUGUCUCUCAUUCUGUGCUUCUCGCGGGCAUGUCUAGCCGUCGAGUAUGCGUCAACGCUGUGGCAUGUGCGAAGAUAUAAAAAGGCCCAUCUGCCACUCUACCUGCAAAUUGGCCUCCACGCCGCCGCCUCGGCCGUCUACCUCGGCGUCACUUUCCGCUUUACAAGCGAGAAGCAGAGCAGGGUGUACAUGACGUGGUACUUUAUUGCGGGCGGCGAAGCCAUCCUCAGUCUUUUGCUGUCUAAUCUAUCCUCUGUUGCCAGUCUCACCAAGACGCACUUGAUGAAGCGAAUGACGCUUUUGACUGUCAUGAUAAUGGGCGAAGGCAUCCAGCAACUGGCCAAAGAGGUCGUAACCAUUGUCAAAAACCCAACCGCAUGGGAUCCCACGACGAUUGGUCUCGUGACGGCAGGCACCACGACAAUUUACUUGGUGUUUUUAGUCUAUUUCGACUGGUUGAGGGACUCAUUCUACCUUCCCCGGCUCCGCCAGCAGCUUUGGACAAGCCUACACUUGCCAUUCCACCUCGCCCUGGUUUUAUUCAUGCAGGGCUUCACGCAAUACCUCUUGUGGUCCAAGAUAACCGUUCAGGCGGAACGAGCCCUCAGUAUUGCUGAUCCAUUCGACGACGCCAAGGAAAUGACGAGCCUAAAAGUCCGAGAUUCCAUGAACGCCUCGGUGCAAGCCUUCUUCCAAGACUACCCGCCCAAAAUUCUUAGCACUGUGGAAACCGUCAACCAAGCAUUGAACAAUUUCACAACCAUAUCCAACAGCUUCUGGCCUUUGCUUGUGAACGGCACCGUGCCAUCGGACCUCAGCUCCGCGCCUCCGGGCUACGAAGCCGACUUGGCAACGACCAACGACGCUUUUGUCACCUUGAUUAUUGCCAUGUACAAUGCUCUAUUUGCGGCCUUUGGCAUCAAUCUGGAGGAAGACGUCUCCCAUAAAUACCCCACGGCGGCUAAAGAGGUCAAAGACGGCGGAUAUCAGGUUCUAAUCUACAGCAAGACGUGGCAACGGUACAACCUGGUGUUUGCGUACGGCUACAUCGCCGCGGGAUGUACGAUUGUUCUCAUGGUUCUUCUUACCAUCAUCGCGCGCACCACCCCGUUCAAACCGUGGCCGAUUGCGCGCCUUGCCAUCAUUCUCCUCCUGGGUCUGGGCACCGGCCUAGUCGCCACUUUGUGGUACGACAAGGAGAAACUCGACGUGUUCCUGGGAACGCCGUGGGUUCUGCCAACCAUUACCUUUGUCUGGGCCGCCAUCUUCAUCUUGACGCACCUCAACGGCCAGGGAAUCAAGCGCAACAGGGACCGUUUAAGGCGCCGCAAGGCCGGUGGUUCGUUGCGCGGCGAGGCUGACGUGGCCAUGACGCCUUCUUCGCAAUGGAGCCAUGGGCACAAAGAGAGCACUGCGUACCGUGGCUCGGAGGCGCAGUCGCCGAGCCAGGCCUUGUACCAUUCUGUUGGCGGCGGGCGGAAUGAGUAUGGUGACAGGAAAUAG